CUCUCUCUCUCUCUCUCUCUCUCUCUCUCAAGAGAAUGGGGACUGAUCUUUUGAAUUCAACUGGAGAUGGAUACCAAGAGGAGGGAUCGAGGCUCAAUCCAUCUCCUCUUGAUCCAACACCGCUUCAUCCGUCUCAUCUUGAGCUUCAAAAGCUUGACGCAGGAGCUCUCUUUGUUCUCGAGUCCAAAGGCUCUUGGAUACACUGUUGGUACCAUUUGACAACUGCGAUUGUGGGCCCAGCCCUUCUUAGCCUUCCCUUUUCGUUUGCCUCACUUGGGUGGGUGGCUGGAGUUACAUGCUUGACCAUUGGAGCCAUUGUCACCUUCUAUUCCUUCAACCUCUUGUCUGUAGUCAUUGAACAUCAUGAGCAACAUGGGCGACGACAACUUCGGUUCAGAGACAUGGCCACAGAUAUUUUAGGACCGAAAUGGGGCCGUUAUUAUGUUGGUCCCUUGCAAUUCGGACUAUGCUAUGGGGCGGUGGUUGGUUCCAUUGUAUUGGGUGGACAGAGUAUGAAGGUUGGUGGGUUCUUGCAAGAAGAAAAUUGGAAACACCUUCAUUUCAUUUAUGUGCUUUCCAACCCAAAUGGUUCGAUAAAGCUUUAUGAAUUUGUAGCUAUCUUUGGAGCUGUAAUGUUACUUUUGGCUCAAAUCCCAUCUUUUCACUCCCUUCGGCACAUUAACCUGGUUUCUUUGGUUCUCUCACUAGCCUACAGCAUCUGUGCUACUGCUGGAUCCAUCUACAUUGGGAAUUCCACUAAGGCAUCGUCAAAGGUAUACUCCUUGGCCAGUGAUGGAGAAAAUCGUGUUUUCAGUAUCUUCAAUGCUUUAUCCAUCAUCGCAGCAUCGUAUGGAAAUGGCAUCCUUCCUGAAAUACAGGCAACUCUAGCACCUCCAAUCAAGGGGAAGAUGUUCAGGGGACUCUGCAUGUGUUAUGUGGUAAUAUUCUCAACUUUCUUCAGUGUGGCUAUCUCCGGCUAUUGGGCAUUUGGCAAUUUGUCGGCCGGAAGUGUCCUCAGUAACUUCAUUGUUGAUGGAAAGCCGUUGGUCCCUGAUUGGUUUGUUCUGAUGACCAACAUCUUUGUCCUCCUACAAGUGUCAGUUGUGGGUGUGGUGUACUUGCAACCGACAAAUGACAUGCUCGAGAGGAAAUUUGCAAAUGCCGAAUGUGAACAGUUUUCCCUUCGGAAUGUUGUCCCUAGGUUGGUUUCUCGAUCGUUUGCGGUCAUCAUAGCGACAAUUAUCUCUGCAAUGCUUCCGUUCUUCAGCGAUAUCAAUGCAUUCCUUGGGGCUUUAGGGAUCUUCCCUUUGAACUUCAUCCUUCCAAUGAUCUUCUACAAUCUGACAUUCAGGCCAUCGAAAUGGAGUUUGCUUUUCUGGGGCAAUGCCGCUAUUGCAGUGGUCUUUUCAAUUGUUGGGAUGAUAGGAGUGAUUUCUGCCAUCCGACAAAUAGUUCUAGAUGCGAAAAACUAUCACCUCUUUGCUAAUCUAUGAAGAGAAUCAAGCAAUAAGUAGAGGUAUUACUCGAUGUUCAUAUACAUGGGAGUUUAGUCUUUAGUGAUGUAAACAAUUGAUAUGAUGGACCCAAAUAUGAUUUCCAACAUCAUAGCCAUUGAA